AUGCUUCCUGAAGGCAGGACUCCUGUUUAUGUUCGAAACCCCGAGGAGUACCAGUGCACCGGGGUGCUCGAGGCCGACUUCGCCGAGCUCUGCGCGCGCUCCGGCUACACCGACUUCCCCAAGGUCGUCACCCGGCCGCGCCCACCGCGCCCACACUCGAUCUCCGACUCCUCGGCCUCCACAUCAUUAAAGCCCACCCCAGACGAGCAGCGGCUGUCGGGGUCCUGCAGCCUCAACAGCCUGGAGAGCAAGUACGUGUUCUUCCGGCCCACCAUCCAGGUGGAGCUGGAGCAGGAGGACGGCAAGGCAGUGAAGGAGAUCUACAUCCGCGGCUGGAAGGUGGAGGACCGGAUCCUGGGAAUCUUCUCCAGUUGCCUGCCCUCCCUCAGCCAGCUUCGGGCUAUCAACCUGUGGAACGUGGGGCUGACGGAUGAAACCCUGAGCACCUUCAUUGCCCUCCUGCCUCUCUGCUCUCCCACACUCAGGAAAGUGUCUCUGGAGGGGAACCCACUGCCAAAACAGUCGUACCACAAGCUCAUGGCCAUGGACAGCACGCUCUCCCACCUGUCUCUGCGGAACAACAACAUCGAUGACCACGGCGCCCAGCUCCUGGGCCAGGCCCUGUCCACGCUGCACGGCAGCAACCGGACCCUGGUGUCCCUGAACCUGGCCUUCAAUUACAUCGGGGACGAGGGCGCGGGAGCUCAGCCGACCUCCUCCCGACAAGCGGAUGCCAAAAUGGAGCGGGAGAAGCCUCAGAUGGGGGGGAUCAGCAGCGUGGUUCUGGUGGAAAAGAUGCAGUCAACGAAAACCCUGAAGGGCCUGGUCAAGAAAAAGGAGAAGCCAGGGGAAGUGGUUAAGGAGAAGUCGCCCACACAAGGGACCCCUAAGAAAGAAGACGCGGCGAAGCCCGGCAAGGGCAAGGUAACCAUCCCCGAGCAGAAGCCGAGCAGGGGAAAGGGGGCCAAGCCCGGGAGCAAGGAGAAGCGCAGCAUCCUCCUGGAAUCCGAGCAGCUGGUUGCAGAAGCUACAGAGAUGAUCAAUCCCCUCUUGGAACCCAUGGAGCACCGUGAGGGGAAGGUUUUCAUGCCUGGGAACAAGGUCCUUCUGCACCUGAACCUCCUCGGAAACUGCAUCACAGAGGUGGGGCUGGAGGGCUUCCUCACAGCAGUGCAGUACCAGGCACAGUUCUCCAAGCCCAAGAGUGCAUCCAAGGGCCCUGUGGGGCUGCUGUGGCUGUCCCUGGCGAAAAACUCCUUCGACCCACAAUGUCCCAUGUAUGCCAUGAUCCAGGAGCUGUUGCUACCAAAGGACCCCGUCAAGGUCAAGCUCAGGGACGAGGAGGCCCAGCCUUUCUCUACCUAGCCCCUCCCACCUUACGGACGGA